ACCUGUUUGGCUACAGGAGAAGGUUAAGUUGUACCAAAAGGAAGUAAGUGAUUUGAAAGCCUCUAUUCAGCUCCUGGAAGAAGAAAAUAUCCGUUUAGUGACAAAACUGAUGGAUGGCAGACUUCAGAAUCUGAGAGUAGCCAGGCUUUUGUUUCCUACCCAGGCAACUGGCUUGCAAGAUGAAUUUCCUAAGGAUGAAAUGAAAGAAGUAGAGUAUGAAGCAAAAGCAGAUGGAGAGGAAGGCCUCAGAAGCACCACAGCCCUCUGUCAGAAAAAAAAGACCUUUGCAAAGAUUCAGUCUAAAACAGAGAGUGAGAAGCUUCAAGACAGUGACAAAGAGCUGCUGGAAAAGUCUUCUGCUCUUGACAGUGUGUUUUAUGAAGAUGAAAGAGAUUUCCAGGAAUACUUAAAGCUGGGUCCUCUGGAGACGGGGCUGAUGUGUGUGGUUGGAAGAGCCAUGCCUAUUCAUAAAGAACCAGAAGAAAUGCCAAGCAGGAGCCCCAGAGAAGAUGGCAUUAUGGGUAAAUCAGACAGGCACAUCACAGCUCAGAUGAUCAAGGCCUUAUGUAAAGAAGAGGUUGGUUAA